AUGGCUCCUGGCUCGGUCUCCGUAGUCUCGACCCCUCGCCGAGCCUUUGAUUACCUCGAACGUCCACACUUCAUGCAGCAAACCGAGACAAUCACAGAGUCCACAUCGAUGCAACCACCAUUGUAUCACUACCCGGUGGUCGUCCCACCCGUUUCAGUGGCUCCGCCUCCGGCGACACGUCCAGAGUACAGCAUGUUUGAUACCCCUCGGCAAAUCAAGGAAAUUCUGGCCGACAACCAGGCCAAGGACCCAGCGGAGGGCCUGGAGGAGACCCUCCCCAUGAUUCCAACGGACCUGGGGGAUACAAUCAAGGUAGCAAUGGGAGGUUUUCUGGACGACACGGAGGACCACCAUCUGGACCUCCAGGAGGAGGGGGUGACUAUGGAGGCAAUGACCGAUGCACGGAAGGACGCCGACGCCCCGAAACUAUACAGUGUGGACCGAACGAUCCCUCUCGAGCAUUUCCUUGCCCGGUUCGACGAGCUACUUGAAGAGUACGACAUUACUGAGACUCAACUUGUCCGCAUUUUCGACGAUCGGUUAACUUCCUCAGGGGUCCGCUCGGUUCAAGAUUGGUGGGCCCGCCGCUGUCGUGACUCCGAACAAAGCUCUUGGUCUGCAGCGCGAGAGGCGUUCCGCAAAGAAUUCAUCCAGAAAACAAUGAGUCGAAAGAUGUCCGAAAUCACCGAGAACGCUCGACGAAAGCGGACUGAGACAGUGCGUGAUUAUGCCUGGCGGAUCGCCGACGCAGCGCGCGAUGCUGGACUACAAUCUGACCGAGCUGUAGUCAUGCUGAUCAACGGAUGUGAUGACUCCCAAGUCUCGAAUUGUCUCCGAGGGGCCGCAACACGCCCCGAGUCGAUCGAAGACAGCCUUGAAUACUUACGAUACCGCGAUGUAGAUCUCGAUCGUCGGCUCGAUGGCUUGCGGUCAACAGUGCGUUCAGUAAAUGGCGAAACCACGGCUCCGACAACUCCCACGAGGUCGAACCGAGGGACACCACGAGCCUCGGCGGCCCCGAUCAGUGACAUCCAAGAACUACACGCUACUUUGUCACAAAUGCGACAGGAGAUGUCCACGAUGGCGGCCCAGCAAGAGACGCUACAAAACGAUCGCUUCUCUACACUCCACGACGUCGUGGCUCAGAUUCAGUCAGAGCAGCAGAUUCAGUCCGAGCAACCGGGUGUAAACACGCCUGUGCAACCGCCGCAUCCAACCAAGGGUCAUCAUCCCUCAGAGUGCACGGUACCUCAGCCCGAACGAACGGGAGUGUCGGACCAAGGUUUCCGUCGUCAGAGCUACGGACGAUCUACACGCGGUUCCCGCACCAGCGGCAUGGAGUGUUACUCGUGUGGCAAGCUUGGACACCUCAGCCGAGAAUGUCCACAGCGAAACCGAACCUCGUUAACUACCCCGCAAAUUGUGGCAGCCAUCCAGGCUAUGGACCAAGCCGCCGGACGUGGCGUGUACCUGAUCGAACCGAACGAAAUAACAUCCGACGACGAAGACACUCGGCUGAUCGAGUCUGAAUCUGACCCAGGAUCCAAUGGGUUGGGGGCACAGAUCACGCAGCGGAGUCAAUUCACAACCGAGUUUCGACAUGAAGAAACUAGGUUGACCACCAUGGGUGAAAAUCCCGAUGAGAACUUCCUGGUGAAGACCAAAGGGAGACGCCUUAUCAAAGAAAGCGAAACGCGCACAGAAGCGUACAUUAGUAAGGGAGAAGCUUGCUGGACGACGACAACCGACAACAAGGAUCGAGUGGAGAUCCAGGAAGACAGCCCGAGAGGGCCGGUUUGCGACGAGAAGGAGAAGAAGCCCGACGAGGCCGCCGCUCCGACCCGAGUGCAAGGCACAUCCGCGACAUGCGGAGAAGAAACAAGGAAGUUCCCGCUCUCAGCGGAGGAAGCGUGCCAAAGUGGCAGCAUGCCCGCAACGUGCGGAGGAGAAACAUUGAACAACCCGCAAUUGGCGGAGGAGACGUGCCAACGUGGUAAAAUACCCGGAAUGAUCCAGAUUGGAAGACGAGAAGGCGCCUCCGAGGAAGUCGAAACAGGCCAAGACAAAGACAACGUUGCUAAUGGAGCGAGAAGAUUACACGAAAAUACUGCCGAGGGGGCGAGGAAGACAAACUAUAAUGCCGCCGACGGAGCGAGGAAGACGAAGCAGAAUACCGCCGAGGGGGCGAGGAAGACAAACGGGGCGCCUGCUGAUGAAGCCGUGCCUAACAAGAUGGAGGAUGCAAUCAACGACUCGGUUCCCCAGGACCCGGUCAAGGUUGCACAAGUGAAAGUCGUUGAACCCUUCCCGAGGGUUGCAGUUCGACAAGUGAAAGACCCACAGUCAAUGUCGGGCGAAAAGGGCCAGCUUCCCGCAGAAAAGCUACCAAGGGAGUGGAACAACUCCCCCCCGGUGUUCUCGCCGGAAAAAAUUGAAGCUAUCGUGCGGGGGGACUUCGAUGGACUCGCCGACGCGAGGCACGUGGACAUCGAAGACCGAUUGGAUCAGGACCAAGCCGCCGGACGUGGCGUGUACCUGAUCGAACCGAACGAAAUAACAUCCGACGACGAAGACACUCGGCUGAUCGAGUCUGAAUCUGACCCAGGAUCCAACGGGUUGGGGGCACAGAGUACGCAGCCGAGUCAAUUCACUACCGAGUUUCGACCUGAAGAAACUAGGUUGACCACCAUGGGUGAAAAUCCCGAUGAGAACUCCUUGGUGAAGACCCAAGGGAGACGCCUUAUCAAAGAAAGCGAAGCGCGCACAGAAGCGUACAUUCUCCGAUCUCCCUAUGAGGACCGGGGAGCACAAGAGACAAGUAAGGGAGAAGCUUGCUGGACGACGACAACCGACAACAAGGAUCGAGUGGAGAUCCAGGAAGACAGCCCGAGAGGGCCGGUUUGCGACGAGAAGGAGAAGAAGCCCGACGAGGCCGCCGCUCCGACCCGAGUGCAAGGCACAUCCGCGACAUGCGGAGAAGAAACAAGGAAGUUCCCGCGCUCAGCGGAGGAAGCGUGCCAAAGUGGCAGCAUGCCCGCAACGUGCGGAGGAGAAACAUUGAACAACCCGCAAUUGGCGGAGGAGACGUGCCAACGUGGUAAAAUACCCGGAAUGAUCCAGAUUGGAAGACGAGAAGGCGCCUCCGAGGAAGUCGAAACAGGCCAAGACAAAGACAACGUUGCUAAUGGAGCGAGAAGAUUACACGAAAAUACCGCCGAGGGGGCGAGGAAGACAAACUAUAAUACCGCCGACGGAGCGAGGAAGACGAAGCAGAAUACCGCCGAGGGGGCGAGGGAAACAAACGGGGCGCCUGCUGACGAAGCCGUGCCUAACAAGAUGGAGAAUGCAAUCAACGACUCGGUUCCCCAGGACCCGGUCAAGGUUGCACAAGUGAAAGUCGUUGAACCCUUCCCGAGGGUUGCAGUUCGACAAGUGAAAGACCCGCAGUCAAUGUCGGGCGAAAAGGGCCAGCUUCCCGCAGAAAAGCUACCAAGGGAGUGGAACAACUCCCCCCCGGUGUUCUCGCCGGAAAAAAUUGAAGCUAUCGUGCGGGGGGACUUCGAUGGACUUGCUGACGCGAGGCACGUGGACAUCGAAAACCGAUUGUACCCGAUUACGCAGGAUGAAUUGAAAGCACAGCACCAGCUGAUAUUGACAACCCUCGCCGAUGGUUAG